UUAGGGUCCUUCCAGACAGGCCCUAUAGCCCAGGAUCUGAACCCAGGUUUUCUGUUUAUGCUAGAUUAUCUGGCAAUGCAGACUCAAAAAAUCCAGUUUAAAGCAGAAAACCUGGGAUCAGAUCCCGGGAUAUAGCUUAUCCGAGUUUUAUUUACCAUAUAUGCUCAUGUAUAUGACAAGGGUAGGUUUUUGGUGCCAGGCUUUUGAUAUGAUCCAUGGAUAAGCCGAGGUCAUUUUGUGAAGAAAGGAAGACACCCAUGCUGCCUUGGGGAGUCGGUCUCCCCCUGGCUGUUGCUGCUGCCAUUUCCCUGCCCAGCAUUCAAAAAAAGCAGAAGUGGUAUCAUGUCGUGAAGCGACUCAGAUGAUCCUUUGUUGUCCGAGUAUGAUGGUCCUCCAAGUGUAGUGUUUUGCCGGUGGACACAUAGGUGACUGUAGAGCCUUAUUUUUGACCCGCAUGUUCUUCCACUGUUAGGACGUCGGUUUCCAGGUGGGAGGUGGUCCCAGUCAGAGUUGGCUUGACACGCCUUCCUCUUGGCACGUUUCUCCCUUUUGCCCUCCAUUCGUGCCUCUUCAAAUUCCACAGCACUGCUGGUCACAGCUGACCUCCAGCUGGAGUGCUCAAGGGCCAGGGCUUCCCAGUUCUCGAUGUCUAUGCCACAGUUUUUAAGGUUAGCUUUAAGCCCAUCUUUAAAUCUCUUUUUCUGUCCACCAACAUUCCAUUUUCCAUUCUUGAGUUGGGAGUAUAGUAACUGCUUUGGGAGACUGUGAUUGGGCAUUCAGACAAAGUGACCAGUCCAGUGGAGUUGAUGGCGUAGGAGCAUCACUUUGAUGGUAGUGUUCAUUGCUUCUUCCAGAACACUGACAUUUGUUCUUCUGUCUUCCCAAGAGAUUUGCAGGAUUUUUCAGAGGCAAUGCUGAAAGUAGUAUGGAUCAGUGCUUCUUUUAGGUUCUCCCGGGAUGAACUAAACUGUUGCUUUCACUGCUGUACUCAGAAAAUGAGAUGGUUCCUUUUUUUCAUAAGGUUAAGGGAUGGUAGUCACAUUGACCCGUUGAUAAGUCGACCCAAGUUUUUUGGCUUGAUUUUUUUUAUCUAAAAUUCCUAGACUUAUACAUGAGUACAUAGGGUAUUUAUACCACAUUCUCCCAGAACAGCUUACAAAUUGUUAAUUUGACAGUUCUCUAUCCUCAGGUUUACAAUCCUAAUAAAUGUGACCCCCAAGGAAAAGGGAAUGGCCAUCGAGGUGGGGGGUGGUGGUACUUAAGUCCAGCAGAUGAUGCCUCUUUUUCUUCUUCUGAGGCCAGGCCAGGGCAGUGGCAGCUCCCCUCAACCUCUGUGCCUAUCAGGUGGGAGGAAGGCAUUCCUUAUUGAAUUGCAGUCCAUGAAAAUAGCAAGACAUCUCAUAUCUUCAAGGGAAGCUGAAGAACCUGAAACUUGGAAGCACUCGGAAGACUUGGAAGAAGCAAAUUGGCUACAUGAAGACCAGUCAUUAUUCUUUGAUGCCAACUGUUGAUCAGUUGAUCUAGAGUUUGAAUAUUCUCAAACUCUACUAUAAUUUUGGAAUUAAAGAGGUUUUAAAGAUGGAAAAGUAUAAAGAAAAAUUGAACUAAGAUGUGAAGAUUUAACUUUGUAAGAAUCCUCAGUAACCAUGAUGGCAACGCAGACAUUAAGCAUUGACAACUAUCAAGAUGGGCAGCAACAAAUGCAAGUAGUAACAGAGUUAAAAACUGAGCAAGAUCCAAACUGCUUGGAAACAGAUGCAGGAGGACUGAGUCCUUCCCCAGUCGAGUCCCAGACACCGAUGGAUGCGGACAAGCAGGCUAUUUACAGACAUCCUCUUUUCCCCUUAUUAGCACUGUUAUUUGAAAAAUGUGAACAAUCUACACAAGGAUCAGAAGGCACAACAUCUGCAAGUUUUGAUGUAGAUAUAGAAAACUUCGUUAGGAAACAGGAGAAGGAAGGAAAACCCUUUUUUUGUGAAGAUCCUGAAACAGAUAAUUUAAUGGUAAAGGCAAUUCAGGUUCUACGAAUUCAUCUGCUUGAGUUAGAAAAGGUUAAUGAACUCUGUAAGGAUUUCUGUAGUCGCUAUAUUGCAUGUCUGAAAACUAAAAUGAACAGUGAAACUCUGCUAAGUGGAGAAUCUGGGAGUCCUUAUUCGCCUGUGCAGCCCCAGUCCAGCCACUUUAAACAUGAUAAAGAUAGCUUGGAUUUGCUGGAGCAGCUGUCUUCAUGGAAAGAGUCACCAGAAAAUCCAAUUCAAAGUGCCAUCACAGGAACACUAAGUCCCCAGGGGGUUAUGGUACCUGCAUCAGCAUUGCAGCAGGGAAAUGUCACCAUGGCAACUAUUGCAGGUGGGGCAGUAUAUCAGCCAGUGACUGUGGUCACACCUCAAGGUCAAGUAGCACUGUCACCUGGAACCAUCAGGAUCCAGAAUUCACAGCUCCAGUUACAAUUAAAUCAAGAUUUAAGCAUCUUGCAUCAAGAUGAUGGGUCAUCAAAAAAUAAAAGAGGAGUUCUUCCGAAGCAUGCCACAAAUGUGAUGAGAUCUUGGCUUUUCCAGCACAUAGGGCAUCCGUAUCCCACGGAAGAUGAGAAAAAACAGAUAGCAGCACAAACAAAUCUUACACUACUCCAGGUUAACAACUGGUUUAUCAAUGCUAGAAGACGAAUUCUCCAGCCUAUGUUGGAUUCCAGCUGUUCUGAAACUCCAAAAACAAAGAAGAAAACAGCUCAAAACCGGCCAGUUCAGCGGUUCUGGCCAGACUCCAUUGCAUCAGGAGUAGCUCAGCAUCAGUCAAAUGAACUUACUAUGGCAGAUGGAGCCGUUGUAACCAUUACAGCUCCUGUCAAUAUGAAUGUAGACAGUCUCCAGUCCCUUUCCUCUGAUGGUACGACCUUGGCUGUCCAGCAAGUCAUGAUGGCAGGUCAAAGCGAGGAUGAAUCUUUGGACAGCACUGAAGAUGACGGAACAGACCUCUCGACUACUAACAUCAGCGGGCUGGUCUUGGAUAACAGUGAUUCUCUGCAGUAGGAAACCAGAGAACCAGGCCUAAAUGUUUAGGAGACCCUAUUGACUGACUGACUUUUUAUAGUUUGCACAGCAAACAUUUUACACAAGUUUUAUUUCUAAUAUGUUUUAUAUGUAGAUAUAGAAGAGUGCACUUUUUGUAUUUCAUAGUAAGCUUAAAGAGUGUCUUUGCAGGUGCAGCAACUUCUUUCAAACGUGUUGUUUUUGGUUUAAUUUGGAAAACCUAGUAAUUUAAGAAAGAAUACAUCAUCAUCAUCACCCCAUUAUUUUCUUAGGGUAAAUUAUUCACAACAUUGAUCUCAGAUGAACCUGAUGAGGGCAUUGGGGUGAUGGGGCUGUAGUCAUGGGGAAAUACAAUGGAGGAACCAGUUUUGCAUCAGCAUGGAUCUAAACCUGCCCUCACCACACCAUCCCUAUUUUACUUACGGUUUGCUCUUCUAUAAUGUUCAACACAUUGCAGUUUUGUGACACAUGAAAAUUGCCCUGGUGGAAGACUUGAAAACACUUAUCUCCUUGAGAGUUAUGCAUUCACUUAGUCCUGUCGUUUUUAAGAUUACUCUUGGUGGUUUAACAAUGUAAAAUGUAAAGCAUGUCAAACUUAGUGUAUGGAAUUUGUUUCUGAAGUUAGCCAUGUAGAUUUGAAAGAUGCUUCUGCACCUUAAAAAUAAAACCCAGCCAGUUUCAAGUGGGCAGCAAAACACGCGGCAGGAAGCAGAGAUUUGUGAUUCUGUAACGAAUGUAUGAAAUUUAAAAGAAACUUAAUUUCUCCUAGAGCUGCUAGGUGGAAUCCUCCAGAUUUCCUGUGCAUCUUUUAAAUUGGCUACAGUUUCUUCCUCUUGUCAUUUCACUAACCUGCCCUAUGGCAUAGUUAGGAUCUCUUUGAGCCAGUGGAGAUGAGGAGGGGCAUAGCCAGAGGCACAAGAGGAUAAUGGGAGGGACAGAAUAAGUGGUGGUGGUCUUUUCUCUCACUUCAGUGGCACAUUUAAAGACACAGGCACAUCCGGAUUCCAGCCUAGCAGCCCUAUUCCUAGCCAGUGAGUCUGCUCGUCAUUUGCUAUAAAACACUUAUUUUUACCUUUAUCAGGAUUAUUGGAUUAAAAAUAUUUUUAUAAAUUCUCUAAGAAUUGGGACGAUGACUGUAUUGAGCAUGAGAAAAAAUGUUUAGUACUUCUAUUUGGAAGGUUAUGAAAACAGUCCAAAUUGAAUAAACAAGACUAUGCUAUA